AUGAUGACAGCAAAGCAACACCGGGAGGCUGAAGCAAAGCUCACCCGAUAUGGCAAGCGAUUUGAUCUCAAACUCGAAGACCACCUGCCGCAUGGUGUGGUGAUGACCAAGAAAGGGACCGUUGCGAAACGACAACCACGUUACGUGCCCCUAUCUAAGGGAUAUUACCAGGCACAGUGCUCCUUCCGCGGGCUGAACUGUAACGGGAGUGUCGAAGAAUUACAGCAGCGACUCAAGGCCAACUACGACCAUGGCAGGGACAUACAGAUUGAUCGGGAGCUUGAGAACGUCCGCCAUGCGCUCUUCCUCCAUAUGGACGCAGAGGUCUCGCGGGUUCAAGAGCAAUGCCGUAUUGAACAGGAGAAGCAGCAAUGGAAGAAAAUGUCUCUCCAAGAGCGUAUUUGGCGCGAUGCGACACGUGCUUUGAAGCAAAGCCUAAAAGUAGAAGACGUAUUGAGGAAGUCUUGUCAUGUGAUCAAACCAUGCUGCCGGGGUCUCCAGGAGGCGGCGAACUCGCUCGGACUAGCCUAUGAAUGCGUCGACACUGACCCGAAGAGAGAAGCAUUCGACCGCUUCGGCAACACGCGUUGCCAGAUUGUGGGAGAGAAAGCCGCAGUGAAGAGAACUGCAAUGCAACUCGUUGAGGAUGCAGCUCGGAAGCGUCGUGAAGCUGUCGCCAAGGAGAAGGCUAGGUUGGCGAAGAUGGAAGCUCAGAAAGAAGCAGUGCUCGACCAGGCUACGAAGAUGGCCGACUGGGAUAUAACAGGAUCCUGGAUCGUCGAAUGUAACGGACUCGUUGAGGACUACUAUGUCGGGAAACGGCCAGAGCUCAAGAUGGAGAUCUGGCGCGAUGACUUCGACCUCGACAACGUGCGAGGCAUAGAGCCUCCGACCGAUGAGGAAAACUCAGAAAACUCCGAAGACGGCACCGACGAAGACACGGAUCAAGACAUGAGUGACUGGGACGACGAAGAGAAAUCCAUCCUCACAGGCGAAGCAGCUCGAAUCCCUCGUUUCUGCGCCGAUUUCCACUUCAACGUCACAGAGGGCACAAUGCGUAUCUACCCACCCAAGAAGAACAGACCUGCCGAGGGACCGUUUAGCGUCAAGGACAACCCAUCGUUUCGAUACAGAUGGCGGGGUCGAGAGACGGGUGAGGGGGAGAUUAUGGUGGAUUCCGAUGAGAGAGUGGAAAGAAUUUUGUUCGGGAGUCAUGGGACGACGUUCAGGGGGACGUAUAAAUGUCCUUUCAUUGAGGGAGUGUUUAUGAUUAAAGGGACGAAGAUUAGGCAUGGGAAUCAACAGGAGCAGGGUACGGAGCAUUCUUGGGAUGAUUUUACGGAGGAGGCGUGGGAGGUAGCGAGGGAGAGGAGAUGGGGCAGGUGGAGAUGA